AUGGACACUUCGACUUGUGCGGCCCAUAGCUGCCUUCGCAUAAGCGAUAUUACCCAGGUCAUCGUCGACUCGCUCUGCCGGUCCGGAAGCAAGAAAACUUUGGCAUCGCUCGCUCAGACGUGCAAGACGAUGCAGGAGGAGUGCAUGCCCGCGCUCUGGGCGUAUCAAGAGAGCCUCAAACCGCUCUUGCGGCUACUUCCUUCUGAUGCAUUUGCAGCACCCCCAGAGGAGAUCGCCAAGUUCCCGUUUGUAAUCACUCAUCCUGAACACCUCGACUGGACAAGGUUCGACCACUACGCCCAGUACGUGCGGCACUUCGUUUGGAAAUACGACGACCCCGAGAAGUCGCAUCCGAAGUGGAAGACGCCUCCGCCUCCCGCCCUCUUGCGUUGGCUGUUUCCUCCGCCUCUCUGCAUCUCACCCCAGGCCCUGUCUGCGCUCGCUACGCACCGCUCCGAUGGCCAGCCACUUAUGCCGCAACUCCACACGCUCGUCUGGGAAGAACAGGAUCCCAAAGUGGUCUUCCACCCCCACCUCUUCCUCCCGCCAACCAUCCUGCGCCUGCAGCUCACCUCAGAAGUCUCGAACCCAUCUAUGGUUGUGCCGCUCCUCAAGAAGGUGGGCGUAGCGUGCAGGCAUAUCACCCAUCUUCGGAUGCACGUGUAUCACGACAAGGUACCGUGGACGAGCGCACACUACGACGCCUUUGCGCAAAUCCUGCGCGGCAUGCUGGAGCUGGAAGCGCUAGAUGGCUACUCGCAGCUGUCGGUGAGCUGCGUAGAGGCGUUGGCUGCGCUCCCCAAGCUCGCGGCGCUGGAACUGCACCAGGAGCAAAUGCACGCAUUGGCCACGUCCGCGGUUACCGGCGCGCGCGCUGGGCAGUGGUUCAAUGCGCUCGGCUGCUUGCGGCUCAGCACGGAGCAGAUGGACAAGAGCACAAUGGCGUUCGUAACCGCCAUCCAGAGCCAACUCCUGCGGGAGCUGCAGCUCCGGAUCGUCACCGAGCCCGGAACCCACGCGCUCAAGCAGCGCUUUGAGACCCUCGCGCGCUCUCCGCACCGCAAGUCCUUGAACAUUUUCCGCUUCACUUACGCGUUUUCAUUCAAGGUGGACGGCACCAAAGUCCCGCUAGACCUUGAGAAUACUCUCCAGCCGUUCUAUGCUUUCCCUCAUAUGCGCCUCUUCGCCAUCCGAGCUCACUCAACUUUGGUGAACGCGCGCCAAGCGCUCCACGAUAUAGCAAACGCGUGGCCGGAGCUCGAGGGCCUCGUUCUGUCUUGCUACCAGAAGGAUCCAAUCGAGGCUGUAGCAGGAUGCGCCAGCCUCGAGGAUCUGGUGCAACUCGUGCGCCGCUGCCCGCGUCUCCGUGAGCUAGAGAUGCACCUGAAUGCGGAGGCGGUCCCAGACGCGGCGACACUUGCGCGCCUGUUGCCUGAGUCGUCGCAGAGUGUGCUAAAAAGCCUCGUCUUGUACAACGCGCCGAUCGGGGACGUGGACCAAGUUGCGGAUUUCCUGGCCCGUGCAUCUCCGGCGUUGCGCCAGAUAUACUAUAUGGGUGCAGCAGAGGGGAUGACAUACCGAAACGGCCAAGACCCCUCGACUCCUCUGGCGAAGUGGCAUCAAGUCAAGUGUCUUCUCCAAGAGAAGGCGAAGGCGAAGUCGGAGAGCGCUGCGCCCGACAGCUCUAGUCCUGGACGAUCUUCUGCUGUUUCACUUUCACAAACACCUUACUUUCACGAACUAUCCUGGUGCUAG